UCAUCCUCCUCUCCUGGUGCCUGCUAGAGCCUCCCUGCCAUGCUUGACUUUUUAUCCCUAGCUUCUGGAAAGGAAAUAAUUUGUCUCUGGGAUGCACCAGGUGGCACCAAAUGGCAGGUAUUUACAAGUCAUGUCCCCAGGGUAGCGAUGCCCAGCCAGCACUUCAUCCCUCUGCAGAUUACUCAGGUCAGGCAGAAAGGAGGGCAAUAAGCCACAGGUCAGACUCUUUGCAACAGGGCAGUGCACAAUAGCUCUCACUUUUCUCCAAAGGCUCCUCUGCAAAAGGCUCAGGCCUGCAAGCCUUUCAUGUGCAGAAUUCCCACUCUUCCCUGGGAGGUCUGGGUGGGGGCAGUUACAGGAUCAGGCCCACAAUACUUUGUGUUAAAGCAGUAGUGAAGCUGUCAUGGAGCCCUAUUCAUCUGAAUGAAACACAGUGCUGUACCUGCAGUUAGGAUCUGGACCAGGGAUGUUACCUGCCCCACCUGAUGCCUUUGUGGCCCUUAUUAGAGUCUGCAGAAACUCAUUUAAAAAGACUGAUUAGAAGCUGGCCUAGCCACUGUAAAGAAAUUGGGUGUAACGGAGGCAGUUGCAUCUGCCUGAGUCUGCAGGCAGCCUGGAACAAUGUAUCUACAGAAUCCCUGUCUCACCUCUUUAUUUCAUGGGCUCAUUAGUGCCGACACAGUGCUUGAAUGUCAAUAUUAACUAUUUUGUGACUGGUUAUAUUAGCAACAAUUGCUGUGGGGGCGAAAGUGUGAAAUGGUGGGUGGGAGUGAGGAGUCAUUGCCGUGAAGGAACUGGAAAGGGACGGAAAGAGAAAGGCGAAGCAGGGAAAGAAGAGAAAGAGUGGCUGGAGGAGGCAUCCAUCGAGCAGGCGUACUUACAACCCUGCAUGCAGGGAGGUAGAUUUUUCCAGAGCAAUGCUAACAGCUUAACAGAUGAGACACGAAAGGACAGGGCUACAUUUUGUAAGGUACUGAGGUGCUUACGGCCCGGCAAUAGGUGCCUCACUUUCCCCUGACUGCAUUGCUAAUCUCUCCAUCAUGGCAGUGGGAGAUCUGUGGGAAGCUCUCCAUCUCCAUCCCAGCUCACAGGCUGCUGUGGAGCCUGGGGUGCGGCCCACUGAGUCCCCUUUGAUUCCCGUCCACCCACUAUUAUUAUUCAGUACUCCACCCAUUACUUCACCCUAAUUCUGUACCCUGCAGCUCUUGUGUGUCGCCAGUGGCUGAGCCGAGGCAGGAAAACACAGCUAUCUGCAAGGCCUGCUUAUAUCCACCUGAAAAGCAGUUCUCUUCUACAGGAGGGGAAACGUAGGCAAAAAGAUGGCAGGGCUGCUUAACUACUACUUCCUCAUCUGUGCUGCGAUUGUGAGGAUCUCCAGCCGGUACCUGGAACCGAAAGGAGUGUCUUCCCACUUCAACCUGCAGUGUUUCAUGCUUUAUCCCAAGUACAUGUCAUGCCACUGGAGUCCACAGGAUGGUGCUCGGCCCAAUGCAACUCUCCACCUCAGGUACAAGAUGAGGGGAGCAACAGAAGUUGAAGAGUGCAAAGACUACAUCACCCAGGGCCCAAACUCCUGCUACUUCAGCCGUGUCAACCUGUGCCUGUACCUGACCUACGAAAUCUGGGUAGAAACCGCCAGUGAGACGUCGGAAAAGCUGGUUGUUAACACUGAAGACAUCGCCAAAACAGAGCCGCCAACAGGCCUGACCGCGAUGGGAUUUGGCACCCACCUGUCCGUGGAAUGGCAGUACCCGCCGGGCAUCGCUGCCUCCUUUUACCCAUUGGUGUUUGAACUCCGGUACUGGGAGCAGGGGAGCAGGGACUGGAAGAGAGAACCCAAUGUGGGUGAACAGAUCAGCUACUCCCUCGAGGACUUGACACCAGGCACCACGUACCGCCUCCAGGUUCGCUGCAAGCACGCGGAUGGGAAGGGCUUCUGGAGCGAGUGGAGCGCUCCCGUCACAGUCCAGUCCGGAUGGCACAGCACGAAGCCAGCACCCGAUGCUGAGCCGCAGUAGGGGGGCCACCGCCUUGGAGCAGGGCAGUGGCUCAGCCAGCCUUGCACACUACCCCCACCGUGGCUAGAGCAACCCCGCAUCUGAGCCCCGGGCUCUGCCAGGCCCCCAUGGCAGGCGAGUCCAGAAACUUUCUGUGAAAGCUGUUGCUUCCUUUAAAAUCCCAGAAGCCAUCAGCAAUAAGGUGCUCUUUAUUAUUAUAAUUAUUAUUAUUAGCAAGUACAAGAGCUUUAAUGUACGGCAUGCUGUCUGGAAACACGUAUUAAUAUUACAUCACUCCAGUGCCCAGGCAUAGUGCUUUGUGCAUCUCUACAAGCUGUCAAACCUGACAGGCAACCACCGGCCACCUCUACGCUGGCAAUCCUAGCAGGAAAAGGUAUUCUGCAUGUCCUUUCUUACAGCAUCUUCUAGAUACCUUGUGGGCUUCAUUCCUUUCUCAAAACCCAUCCCACUGGAGAGGUCGAUCAGGGCUGAAAAGAUCACGGCAACACGUGGCUUGCCAUCAUUAGGCACCAGAGUCAAUACCACAUGCCACGAAUGGUUAGGGGAUUGCGUGUCCAGGGCUGUUGUUCAGUCCGCCUGCAGGCUCCAGAAGACAAUUCCUCGCUGUUACAUACUGCUCAUAUUUGGGAGAUUUCUUUUUCCUAUCUUUUUUGCCAUCCCCAAAGCCAGAAAUGUAUCACUUUUUUUUUUUUUAAAUGCAAGCUGAGAUUCAGCUGAAUCUAAAUAUGCCACACCAGCCCCAUAAAUAACUGAGGGCGCUGGGUGUUUGACAUGCUGCUUAAGGAAGUGCUGGGAUACCAUUUGGUUUUAUGACCAGGUUAGCGUGGCAACCUGGUACUUAUAAAACAUGCCUGGAACAAGAGACACUGUGUGACUCUCAACUACCCAAGACCUGCCUGUGUGAUACUGGCCUUUAAAUGCAAGGCAGACCCAUCAAAUAGCCCCUACAAUAAAAGCAUCAUAAAUCGCUACGUUUAUAUAGCAUCUAGCGACCACAAGGGUCUUCCGGCAUCUCGCAAACCAGAGACGUCUCUCCUGCACCGCUCAGAUUCAGCCGCUGCUGGACCGGAGUGGAGCAGACAACCUGUGCGCAGUAAAAGAGCAGGGCUGGGCAGGGUGUUUUUGCCCCUACUUUUAUUUAGAUGAAAAAUGUGCUGCGAGCUCUAGCACAGCCAUGCAGGAAAGAGGUGGCUUCAGCUCUCAAGGUAUCACCCCCGUGACCCAAACACAGCAAAACCUGUCCACAGCAUUACUAUCCGACGGAGGAAGAAUCAAGCCAGCGUUACUGGGACUUCUCUCCUGCGAUGUGCAUGGCCCAACAGCGUGUUUAAUGAGCACCCCACCCGAGGUCAAUUAGUAUUGUUAUGAGCUGAGGCAUCCAAUGAUUAAGAUCACCGAUUUCUGGCUAAACUCGAAACCAAAACCGUGUCUCGUGGGUGCCAGUCUAGUGCUUUAUCCACAAGACCAUCUUCCAUAGGCUUCUAAGGAGCUGUGUCUAGGGGUCUCUAUGCCCAAUGUACCUACCUUCAUCUCAUUAAGGCAGAAAGCUUCCUACCCACCUCAGUGGCAUGGUUUCACAUUUCUGCAUCAACAAAUUGCUGCAAUGAACCACGAGUGAACCCCACCUGCACGAGUGCAGAAUUAAUGGCGUGCCUGGCUAGCAUGGGGAGAGGCACGAAGAGCAGAGCUGCACGCAAAAAUAAUUCUCCGGGCUUGGCAAGGCAUAUGACGGGCCGCACAGAAGACGACAACUGGCCCAGCGGGGAGCCCUCAAUGACGAACAAAGCAGCAAAGCCAUUGUGUUACGCACAAGAGCGUCCCCACAUUGCUGAACACGUACAAACGCUCAAGUAGUUGCCAUCACACGUCCCCUUCCCCUCUCCUAGCUCAGGGGUUCAGCACAGAGCCCCCUCCAGAAGCCAGCACGCCUGUGAGGCAGAGUACACAGAGGAAGCCAAGCACGCUCUUUUGCUGUGAAGAACUAAAAAGCAGGAGCAUUACAUCUCAGUCAGCUCAUGAAUUGGAAGUGGUCAGCCCACCCCAAUUAACUCGGAAAUGCUUUUGAUCAGCAGCACGCUGCACAGGUUACAAAUUGCGAAUGCGCAGGUCUGGAGAUAUUUUGAAAGCCACCGUUCACUUGGCAUUUUCUCUUGCCGCGGCAAUGAGGAUAUCAGGGACCUCUGGCCUCUGUUUAAUCACCUCUUAAGCAUUGAGGCGGUCUUACCCUGUGCCUGCCUCACCUGAACAGAGGAAGUGGUGAGGCAGAGGAAAGCAAGGGUUGCACCUGCACCACCGACCACCGAGUGCUUGCUACAAACCCAACCUCUAGGCAUGGUCUCGGCCAGGCCCAGGGAGAGCAAACUCUUAAGGGAAACGUGAAACACCAAAGGUGGCUGCAAAGUCAGGUUUAAAAGGGAUUCCUCUGUGUCUGUGGAGAUGAGGAGUUACAUUAGACAAAGCUACUUGAGAGCAGGGGAAUCCACAACGAAAGACAAGAAAAAAAAUGUUUUCCACAUCUUCCCAGAACCAGGUUUUCACAUGCACGCAGCUCUCAUUGAUUGAUGCUCCAGACAAGGGCUCUUCUAAACCAGUUUGAAAAGCCAGCUGUGCUGUCCUACGAACCACUUCAUUUACCAAGAGGUGCAUCGUGCCCUUUGGAUAUAGCCACAGCUAGUUUUCUUAAAUCAUCGAGCUAUGCACAUGCAAGGCAGUAAGCCUCUCAGUACUGACCCACAGAUAUCGCUGUAGCCAUGUAUUAGAAGGACAGAUACAGUGGAUACUUGCAGUCUGGAUGCAGAAGCUGAUUCAGUCCCAUUUUGCUUGUUUGAUGCUUUUGGAAGAUCUCCAAGAUGGCCACUGAUGAGUCAUAUGACCAUGCCGGUUCUGAGUAAUCUUAUUAAAGAUACAGCCUAAUCAUUCAUUUACCCUUCGCAGAUCUACUCCAGCCUUGGCGUAACCCUCCUGGCAUCAGCGGAGCUCAUCAGGGGUGACCCAGUCGCUGUCGUUCUGUGCGCUGCAUACAGGGUCGGAUAGGCAGGGCGCCACGCUGGUACAACCAAACCCACUUUUCAGGAAGGCAGCUGCUCACAGAGAUGCUCCAGCCCCUGAAUAUACACAGGCUGACCUCCCAGUGCCGUUUUCCUGCUGCAGCCCAUGGUCCUGCCUCACACUUCCAUGCAGAUUGCUAGUUUUCCUUACAUCAGGCACUGUCGUCACUGUUGGGUCUUCAGUUCAAGUCUUUGCUGAGGUGCAGGAGGCCUAAAAUAACUGAUCCAUAGAUCACCCUAGGGAUUCAGCCUCUAUGGUCAGCCUACUGAAGCCCCUUAGUCCUCAAAGUCCUGCAAGGGUGAAAGCCUUUGGAGCAACUUUCCACUUGUCAGCGUUAUUGCUGUUGACGGGAACUGUUUCCCUCCAUGUGCUGAAGUCCCCUGUGGACCAGCUCACCUAUACCUAUUGGCCUCAGGUCCUUGUCUCCUUUGCUAUGGGGGGCUAUGGGACCCUUCCUUGACUGUGAGCAAGACACUUAACUCUACUGCACCUCAGAUGCCCAACCUACGAAAGGAUGCCUCUCUUACAGGGGUGAUGGGAGGUUUAAUCAGACGAGGCAUAAAACCAGGUCUGAAAGUAAAACAUGCAGCAUGGGCACUAAAUAGCAUGGCUAGUGGUGGUUGUACACGUUUGCUGGGGGGCAAGGCACUGGGAAUAGACAGUAGCAGAGCAACUUCAUUCUGACUAUUUUGAGCCGUGUGAGUAUUACCCUGCUCCUUAUGCCAUCGUGUAGCUUUAAAAUACAGGUUUCCCUCGCUUUCUGCUGUACAUGCAUUCCUGGAAAAGGGCGCAUAACUCCAAUGCACAUAAAGGGAACCCGCUUUACAAUGUAACAAAUAGGGAUACCUUCCAAGACCUCGACUAUACUGACCCCAAGACUCAUUUCUACCACUUUUACAAGACAAUUUUGAUAUUCACCGACAGCAGACAGUGCACACAAGCACAGCUGCAGCUCCAGAAGCACCGGCACCAGCUGUGGCGGUCCCUGAGCACCGGGCACAGGUGCUGUUACCGGAUGCUUUCAUGGGUCCCAGGGCGUAGCGCUGACGGGGCCAGACCGGGCUGGACUGCAGGAGCCGACGCUGCAGCCCAGCCUGGGCACCACCACCUGGCUCAGCCCCACCAAAUAAUUUUGUCUUCCUCCGCCUAUGGCAUCAUUUCCACAAUGCACCGCACAAAGCACAGACUGUGGCUUCCACCACACCGAUCGCAUAGGAGUGAAUCGACCUUGCAUAGAAUGGAUUUUUGGUAUAAAAAGGGUCAUCGCAUAAGAGUGAAUUUGCACAUACAGAACCCGCAUAAAGUGAGGGAAACCUGUAUUCUUACAACGGCGUAAGAAGCAUCCUUAUACUCCUACUCAUACCAUUGCUUAAAACAAAAGAAGAAAAUAUAUUUUCAUGUCCAAAUACUUCUUCAUUGCUCUGCAUUAGUUUUGUAUGCAGAUACUCACACAUAGAUAUACUGUGAUAGAUAUAUGCUGUGUCUCAUGGAGAAGCUGUGGCCUUCAAUGGAGAGGAAUAAGCAAGCAAUAUAAAGGAAAGGAGGGGGGCGAGGGGGAGGCAUUCAGAUUACAACAAACCAAUUCUCAGGAUGGUAAAUAAAGACCCACUUUUCAGUGCGUAUUCCUAGUACCUCUCACAGGGGAUCUCAAAGUGCUCAGCCAACGUUCCUGAACAGCCUCCCUGAGAGAGAAGUAUCACAACCCGUUUUGCAGACGGACACACUCAACCACGGUGAAGUGAAGUGAAUUGCCAAAGGGACAGAGAGCAGGGCUGUGGUUGAACCACAACUAAAAUCCUCACUUCUCCACUGGAGACACCUGCCCAUGCUCCUUCCACAGAAGCGAGCUUGCUGCGACUUGUGACAUCUCCCUUCCUCGCUGUGCAGGCUAAAACGCCCUUCUGACACGAGCAUCUGGCAUGGCAGGCAGCAGAGAGAGGCCAAGCAUGAAUGUCGUGGCUAAUUGACAUCACACAAAAUGUUUGCUUUGUGGGUCUUUUCCUUGCAGUGAAGUGCUUUCUAAAAGACACAAACACAGUGCAGUGGGCAAGAGGGAAAGGACUGGAAGAGAAAGGGGUUUGAAGACUUUGCAGUGGGCUCAGGUUUUGGGUAUAGCUUUCACAAGCCAUCAGCAGGUUCGUGGAGGACACUAUGUGCGUGCAAUGAUCAAGAUCAUUUCUCACGUGAGGGUCCAGCAAGAUUGAAGAUGACCAAAAUAAGAACGAUCUCAGAGAGAGGAAGAGCAGCCUUGUGUUGGUGUCUGUGCACUGAGGCUGCUGGGGUUCUUUGCACGUGGCAAUGCCCUCGAGGACUUGGUGAUGCUCUGCAAACUGUAUGCUCAUUUCUGAGCCCUUCUUGGGCAGUUCUGAUGUCCACUUGUGUAGAGUGUAAAACUGGCAGCCUUUGCUAUACAUUCUUUAAGGGGAGCAAGCAGAAACAGCCUUAGGGGUGGGCGAUGUGGGCAACUGCCCAGGGCACCAUAGUCAGGGGGGCACCACGCGCACACACACACACACACACACACACACACACACACGAGCAGCCUAUGCCUUGACCGAUUCCUGCCCCAGGCAGAAGGAGCAGUGCCCCCCCACGCCCCCAGCUUUCAGUUGCUGCUCAGGAAAAGCUGAGCCGGGCAAUGCAGUGCCUGCCUACCCACCUGCCUAGCACACCAUGCUGCUCUGCCUCCCCUCCGGACGGCAUCUCACACCCUUGCCUCUGCCUGCAGCAGCACCACUGACUUGCUGGGACACUGGAGUGGGAAGGGGGCACCAAAAUACAAGUUCACCCAUUGCUCCAUUUUCCCUAAGGCUGGCUCUAGGAGCAAGUCCUGACUGCAAUUUCAUAUGAGGCCAGUCAGGGAGAUAUCAACAGCCUUCUCUAUGGAUCCUCAGCUACUGUAAUGCACAGACUAGUCUGUGCCACUGCCUCUCCUAGACGUGCUCCAAACUGCUCAGCUGUGUGUCCUAAACCCCAUAGCGCUGAUGAAUAAAAAUGAUUCCCUCUUA